GUUACUGGUUACGGUUACGGUCAGUCUGUCACGUUUAUAAAGUAACAGUACUUCUUUGAUUAGGUAAAUGUUAUCUGCAGCGUAAAAUGUCUGGAAGCAGAAUAAGCAGGGAGGAUGCCGUGUCGCGACUGGACCACAAACACGCCUGUCACAUCCUGCUGCACGCAGAGAGCAAAGCUAAACUCUUUGGCAAAAUCCCGAUAAAACAUAUCGUGCUGAUGCAGAUGCGUUUCGAUGGCUUACUUGGCUUCCCGGGAGGGUUAGUUAAACCCUCAGAAGAGAGUCUGGAGGCAGGGCUGAGCAGAGAGUUACAGGAGGAGAUGGGGGCGGCGGUGCCAGUGACCGUGGACGACUAUGUGUCUUCUCACCUUGCUGAGUCUCCCCCACGUCUCAUCUUGCACUUUUAUAGCAAGAAGAUUUCAGAGGCUGCGCUGCUAGAGAUAGAGAGAGCUGCAGUCUCUAAUGCUGUGGAUCAUGGAUUAGAGGUGUUAGGUCUGACCAGAGUACCCCUCUAUACCUUGAGAAAUGGUGGUGGUCUUCCUUGGUUUCUAUCUCACUCAUUUAUCAGCAACUCACGAGCUCAGUUGCUGGAGGCACUGCAGCGUUUGGACUUGGUGUCGCCUCAGAAUCUGGAGGAAGCAGUUAAAAAGGCAGAGGAGAUGAGGCACAUGGUCAAAUCUGAUCCGCACUGAUGUCAUCCUUGUGAACCCACGGUCAUCAAAAUGAGCAGAACAGCUACACUGUUCCAGAAUUCUGCUCGGAACGUACUCGUCUCUGCUUCCUGAAUCUUUCUUUUGUCUUAUAUAACAUUUGACAUACUAAAUGACCAGAAUCUGUUCUGAUCACACAUUUGGUCAUGGACCAUAUAGAAUCAGACCUUAUUAAUCGAUACCUAUGCUAAUUUAAAAUGCAUAAACUUGUGAACUGUCUGUUUAUAUGAUUUGAACACACAUAUUUCUUAAAUGGAACGAAAUAAUCUUCAGGUUUUCUUUUGAGAAUUUUGAUUUUUUUUCAAGGGAAUGAGGUUUUGCCUUGAUUUAAAGAAGUGCUUAUAAUUAUAACUAUCCAGCUCAUCUUGACAUUUACAAUGUAAAUGUAACAGGAUAAAGUGUAAAUGUUGAAAUAAAUUGGUUGAUUAGUGAA